CGAAGAAGAACAGCACACAGAGGAGAGACAAGAGAGCAGAAAAGAGAGGAAGAAGAGGGCGGAGGAGGCGGAGGAGGAGUGUUGGAUGUAGCUGUUGUUUCGCGGCUGUGUUGCGGGGAAUGUGCGGCUCCUCCUCAGCUGCUCUCCAACUUUCUGAAUCUCUGCUCUCAUGCUGAGAGGAGGACGCAGAGGAUGGGAGUAACCUGGUCCUCCAGAUGCCUCGCACUCUUUCUAGCUCUCCACAUAGUCUCCGUGCUGCAGACGGUGCUGGUCAGCGCUGGUCAAUGUGACUCCGUGUUCAAAGGUUUCUCAGACUGUCUGCUUCAGCUGGGGGAGAACAUGGCCAACUAUCCCCAGGACCUGGAUGACAGGGAGAACCUGCACAAGAUCUGCAGUUACUGGGAUAACUUCCACUCCUGCGCCACGACGGCGCUGGCGGACUGCCAGGAGGGGGCGACGGACCUCUGGGAGAAACUGAAAAAGGAGUCCCGCAACCUGGAUUUCCGUGGGAGUUUGUUUGAACUGUGCGGUGGCGGCAACGGAGCCCCCAGAUCGGCUGACGCCAGGGGCCUCGCCUUGGUCCUAACCACGCUGCCCACCAUACUGACUUGGCUGGCGUUUUAACAGAAACAAGGGAAAACAUAAAAAAAACACAAAGCGAAAAGAAGAAAAAAAGGAAAAACACAAAUGAAAAAAGAAAAUAGCAAAAGAGCGAUAGCUCCUCUUCGAUACUGACAAAAAAAACAACGUCAAAGGGACUCAGUUUGAAUUCAUCACCAGAAAACUACACCCAAAAUGGAUUUUUACUACAUCACUAUACGGCGGCCUGGUUUGCCUUCCUGGGACAUCUGCAGGCUGUCCUCCUGCAGCGAUCAUCCAAUCACACGCUGACCUGACCCGGAGGUCGAUAACAUGAAAUAUUCAACACGCCAUCGAGCUGAAACGAUGACAAUGAUGAAAAUUUGAUGGAUCCGUGCCCGCUUACAAUCGUGGAAUUACACAGUAUUAAAGUCAACCAUUAAUUAUUGAUGUUUAGUAGGCUAGGCCUAGACGGCACUCUGAGGCUGCCGGGUGCUGGCGCAGUAUCAGGCUAUAUAUUAGGGGUCCCAUAUAGCCUAAGGUGCACAUUCAUGUAACGCGAGGCCGAGCUUAACUCCACAAAAUCAAUAAGACACGUCAAGGCCUGGAGCCCGUUCCAGAGCCGCCGCCUCAUUUCCAUCACGGACAGAUUUUCCUGUUUAUUUUGUGGACUGUGUUGAGCCCGGUGGGUUCGGUGGACUGAAUGCUUGAUGGUGAUGUAGUAUUUGUAUUCUUAUUGGCUGUUUGUUGUGCUCAGGCCACGGUCACACCAGCUUUUAUCACAGUGGCAUUUGCACCGAGUUCAAUUCAUUAUAACAGAGUCGUCACGAUUGGCAGGUGAGUUUUGCACGAUGUCCUCCUGUACAGGUAAACCUUGGUUUACAGGUAAAUUAGCGUCAGUGACAAAAAGCAAAACUGCAAUGACAGUAUUGACCUUUGACCCAUGCAGCAUGGCUUGCAGUCAAUCUCGUGUCAGCGGUAGGUUCUUUUAAAAUCUAUAGUGUUAUACUUCGGUUGUUGAACUGGCUAGCUUGCUACCUCGCUAGCUGCCACUUAUAAAAUCAACGCCACGUGAAGAAACCUCGCUCUGCCAGUUUCUGGUGUGACCAUAGCCUUAUUUUCCCCACCGAGCUCGGAGGUGCAGGGAUGUAGUUGAGUAUAAAACCAGAACAGUGUAGACUGAUCUUACAUUGCAUGACUCAAAACAUUUCAGGGAAUGAGCACCAACUGUGAAAUGCUGAUUGAUGGAAAAGAACAUGGAAGAACAGCAAGGACGCGACGGUUUUCAGCUUGUAGUCCGGUGAUUUGUUGGUUCGCCAACAAAUCAAAAGGAUUAAAUGACUCAAAGGAAGCGCAGUCCAGCAUGCCUGGAGGACAGAUCGCUCACAUUAGCUAACAGUUGGCUUUAGCUAACCGGGCCGAAUCUGGUUUUGCUGCUAACAGUUUAGAGGCUAAUCAGCCGAUGUUUGUGUCGCAGCUAAAUGGCGUUGUGUUACGUUAGCUAACCGCGUGGUUCAUCAGCUAGCCCACAGUAGGUCCGGUUAGCUAACAGCUCAUCUGAGCAGCUGAGAGACUGUAUCAGGUUGGCUGAGAUUAAAAUUAGCUGUUCAGCGCUAACAGUUCGAUCAGGGUUUUUGAUCCUGGUUUAAUUAAUAAAAAGAAUGUUUAUUAAAUUUCAGGCUAACAGCGACUAACAUUUCCGUGUGCUCGAGGCUCAUUUCCUGAAAUCCCCUGAGAACGAGCUGAAGCGAAACACACGUCAGCCGGAUGGAACGUUGUUGGGCGUGAAAGCGGAAACGCGUUAGAUUAAACUUUAGUUCCCGUCGUUCUUCUGUCCCGUCACGUUCCCGCUCAGCAGAACCGCGUGUUAGAAAUGAAUGAAUCUGUGAGCAGAACGGUUACCGAAAGAAAAGAAAGACGACAUUUUGAAACGCCGACAGCAAUACGAAGAUGUGACUUCACGGCCAGUGUAGCUAAAAAAAAAUCAAACCGUGGCUGAAGAGAGAUAUGACUGUUGCCAUUUAGCACAUCCCCCCUUUUCAUACGACCGUGAUUCAUACUAGACGAUGUUAGAGGUGAUAUAUUUUAGGUCUGUAUGUUAGAUUAAAAAGCUGAGUCCCAACAGUACAGUAGCAUCAUAAGGACGUACAUACAGUAAAUAAACUGGAAGAGGUCGUUUAUUUCUUUGCUGAGGCACAGAUGACGUUUCCACUGCCUUCUGACUAAAAGAUGUGUUUGUUCUUCUGUUCGUUUGUUGCUUUGUCUCUUUGUUUCUGGGGAUGUUGCGUAACAAAAAGAGUUUUAAAAAAUGGACUAAUUCCAAAAAUCAUCUAACAAGAGAAUAUGUAUAUCAAAGGAUUUUGAGAAAAUGAAAAUAAAAAAAGCUCUAUUAUAGAUAGUCUAUCCCAGACAGUUUUAACACCAGAUUGAUACUUUGCAGAUUAUAGGCCUACUGAGAUAUAAAAAAUAAAAGAUUGCUAAAAUGAUGAAGAGUAAUA